CGUGGAGUUGCUCAGUACAGUAGGGGGAGGAGACAUCCUUUGCUGCAUUGUGCACUGAUCCUAUUAAAGGCAUUAGCAACAUUCCAGGGUACCUCAUUCUUAUUUUCUGCCGAUGGUUUUGUUACCUUCGCCAGUGUUAAAUAAAACUCUAACAGCCGUCCUCUGUCUGCCAUGCAGCGUGCUCCGGACUAACUGCAGUAGAUGUCAACUGCUUGAAGUGCCCUGGGGGAGUUCCAUGCUAAACAGUGCCUAACAGUUGAAUCAUUUGCUUCUGAUGAGAUAAGAUGAAGCCAUAGCCAAGUGAGAGGACAACGGGACAAAGUCAGUGCCUCAUCCAACUUAAAACACUUCUGUAGCUUUGUUGCCAUGGAGACUGUGGUCAUUGUAGCAAUUGGGGUCCUUGCGACUAUCUUUCUAGCCUCCUUUGUGGCUCUUGUCGUUGUCUGCAGACACCGUUAUUGCCAGCCCAGCAACCUGUUACACCCAUUUGACUCAAAGCCUACAGUGGAUCUCAUUGGUGCGAUGGAAACCCAGAGUGAGCCCUCAGAAUUGGAACUGGAUGAUGUUGUUAUCACAAACCCACACAUUGAGGCGAUCCUGGAAAAUGAAGACUGGAUAGAGGAUGCUUCGGGGUUGGUGUCUCACUGCAUUGAGAUUCUUAAGAUAUGUCAUACUCUGACAGAGAAACUUGUUGCCAUGACGAUGGGAUCAGGUGCAAAGAUCAAAUCACCAGCGAGGCUCAGUGACAUAAUCGUAGUGGCAAAGCGGAUUAGUCCGAGGGUGGAUGAUGUUGUGAGGUCAAUGUAUCCUCCGCUGGAUCCUAAGCUCUUGGAUGCCAGAACCACAGCUCUCCUUCUCUCUGUCAGCCAUCUUGUAUUGGUUACCAGGAAUGCAUGUCACAUGACCGGAAGCCUCGAUUGGAUUGACCAGUCCCUCUCCUCGGCUGAGGAGCACAUGUCAGUGCUAAGGGAGGCAGCUCUGGCGACUGAGCCUGAGAGGAACCUCAUUGGCUGUGAGAAUUUCUGUCAGGAACAAUCCUCAAUUUAGCUCCUUGAGCCUGACUGAUGAUGGAGUGGGGAAGAACUAGAUUUUUCCCCAGUUGAACUGCUCUGUUUAAUCAUGUGUAUUUUCCUGUUCACAGGUUAAUCAAUCUGUGAAAUAUGUGCCUUAAAACUCAUUGAGGAUUGGACUCCACUGUUCAAAUGACUUUUGGACAGACAAAGGGCUGAUAUUAGUGUCAAUUAUAGUCCUAAGCUCUGCUUGAUUGUUUACCUAAUGUUUACACUAAUUACUGCAUAGUUAGAAUUAAAUGUUCAUGUGUCCCUGUUUGUUUUUGACCUCAACUGACUGAAACUUUCAUCAGCCAAAUUCCUCCAGCAAAUCCCACAUUUGAUGUUGCUUUAAAUUCUGUGCCUGGACCUCUAAGUCAUAAAACCUAAUUGCUACAGAGACCUUUCGUUUUUAGCAUGUGAUGAUGUGAGUGAGAUGCAUUGCUACCUGCCUGAAGAAGGUUGACGUUAAGCAAGGUUAAUUAUUAACAAUUUUAUUUUCUCUGCAAUAGUGAAAACUCAAUUGACAUAGAAUUUAAUUGAUGCAUCAGAGAUCUUGAAGUGGCUUCAAAGCCAACUAAAGACUUUUGUUGUAAACAAAUUAUUGCUGAUGUGUCAAUCAGAAGCUGUUUUGGUCGAGGUUGUGGCGUAUAAGAUGAACAACAGCUGUGAUCAGAUGAAAGGCCUUGACUAUUUCAGCAAAAGUGUUAAUCUGUUUCGUCUUAAGCAGAUUGUUGGGUUAAAGAUAUCAGAGAAAGGAAUUAAUUUGAUCAGGUUUGUUCUUAACAUUACAUGGCAUCCUUUAAACCAAUUAGAGUAUCAGGGCAAAUUGUGCAAUGUUCACAGGAAAAGUAAAAAUCAUUUCACAUUUAACUGUACUUUUUGAUCCACACUGAGCAAAUCUUUGAUCUGCAUUUCUCAGAACCAGCACUCCAUGCUACAGCCUAAUCUUGCACAAUGGGCCUUAUUAUGUUGUGAAUAAAAGGAAUGUCUAUUUGAUCUGAAAUGAUAGUUCAUCAAGGGUGUCACCUCGAUCAUAAAGUUUGUAAAGAGAUUUGAAAAGAGUGUCGGAACCAUGUGUGUGACAGUGGGAAGUGUACAACUAUUUGUCUUUUUUAUUAGGGAAUUCCAAGUAAUACAGACCACAUCCUGGUGUGUCCUGGCUCAGUACCCAAAGCAGUCCGAUUGUCUAUUUGUAAGAGCAAACCCGAAUUAUAGCUGAUUGGUGUACAUAUUUUAAAUAGUCCAACUGCCGAUAGACCUAUUUGUGUUUAGUGAUUCUUGUUCUCAUUUGUGCGUCAUUGUGAAGUUUCUUCCUAUCUGCCAACUUCCUGACCUAGCAUCGACCCUUCCCAGCAUUGCCGAAUUUACUCUUAAAGAGACUGAAUCAAUCUCGGGUCCUUAUCUAGAGCAUUUGUUACAGAAAUAGGCAGGAAAAGUCCAUGCACUGCUCCCAAAAGGAAGACUGGCAAAUCCACACCACUGUUUCCAGUGCCAAAAUAUUGACACCCCUUUGGAAUGUUUAAUCUAUAGUGCGGCAUUGUCUAAACUGGACUAUGCAUAGCUCCUAAACCCUGGUGAUGUGGCAACUGAAGCCUACCCCUAGAUGCACUGACUUUUCUCAUUUCUUGGUUUUGCUCAAUUUUAUGGAUAAUUUGGAUUGGUACAUAGAUGGCAUAAGUAUGGAGGGUCAUGGACCAAAUGCAGGCAAAUGAGACUAGAUUAAUUGUGAAAACAGGGCAGCAUGGACAAGUUGGGUCAAAGGCCCUGUUUCCAUGUUGUAAACCUCUUUGACUCAGUGGCUUUGUAAAGAGCUCUUCUUUGUAUGGUUGUCCUACUGUUAGGUAAGUAAAAAAACAAAAUACCAGGACUUUAUAAAAAUAAAAACCAGAAGAACUGUGGAUGCUGUAAAUCAGAGACAAAAACAGAAGUUGAUGGAAAAGAUCAGGACAUGUUCUGAGGAAGGAUCACCAGACCCCGAAACAUUAACUUUGAUUUCUCUUCACAGAUCCUACCAGACCUACUGAGCUUUUCCAGCAACUUCUGUUUGAUUUUUUAAAAAAAUAUUCUUUCUUGGGAUAUUGGCACCACUGGCAAAGCUUUGAACUGCUGCAGUUCAAGUGGGUGAAAAUGCUAUUUGAUUGGGAUUCCUAUGGUCCACAAUGUUUAAAGAAUGAGAACAUUUGGCCAAGUGAAGAUGGUAUGUGAUGUGCCGGUGGUGGCGUUCUCAAGCAUUUCUUGCCCUUAUUUUUCUACGUUGGGGCCUCCCAAGUGGGGCACGAGCUGAAAUUUUGGGGUCCCAGGUUCUGAGGUUGCAGUGGCUAUUCUGGAGCUCCAACCAAGUUAGAACAGCUGUACUCCCACUCUAAGAGUCUCACAGACGUCUGCCUCACUCUGGCAAAUUUCACUGAAGGAUCAUGAAAAUUUGCAAGCCUCACUAUGGCAUCAUAGUGGGAGAAAAAGUUCAGGAAGCACGGUUCUAGGUUUCAGAAGUGUAGAUGGGAGCAACUGUGUACCAGUGUGGAAUGUGUAGAUGUUUAUGCCAGCAGAUAGGAUGCUGAAUAUCAGGAAUAGUGUCAAGUGUUAGUGUUAGCAACCUAAAUUGUAGAAUCUCCACAGGAUUGAAGCAAACCAUUCAGCCCACCAUGUCCACACCAACCCGCUGAACAGCACCUCACCAAGACCCACCCCCAAGGCUGGAAUUGGGAAGUUGGAUCCCUGGCACUGUGAAGAUGCAAUGCUAACCACUGAACCAUUGUGCCUCCCUAUGACACAUUGACAGACAUUAAACAUAAGAGAUGGUCCCAAACUAAAAAUGACAAAGCCAUCAAUUCUGAAAAAGAAUCAGACUAGACUUGAAACGUUAAUUUUGUUUUUCUGUCCACAGCUGCUGCCAGAUCUGCUGAGUUUCUCCCGUGGUUACUGUUUUCAUUUCAGAUUUCUAGCAUCUGCAGUUUUUGCUUUUGCCUCAGGAGAACCUAUAAUUUUCUUCACCAGAAAGUAUUAGCGACAUAUGAUGAUGGACAAUAUUCCUUCGUACCCCCGGCCCUGCUCUCUGAUUUCCAUGGGUUCAUCUUCCAUGUACCAGACCUUACUCCACACCCCAGCAUUACAUUCUUCCUUGCUGGUCAUGAACUUCCACUGUCACUCUCUUGCGUUAAGUAAGGAAAACUCUUGACCUUACACAGCUACACGAUGUGGGCUGGUGCACGUCACCUUUAAACAAACGUAAAGCGAGUGCAACGAGAUUCUUGUGUUUCAUAGACUUUUUCUUGAAGGUAGAACUUUAUCAAAAAAAAAUGCAAAUGUGAUUACUACAGAUGCUGGAGAUUAGAGUCGAGGAUUAGAGUGGUGCUGGAAAAUGUCGAUUUUCCUACUCCUCGGAUGCUGUCUGACUUGCUGUGCUUUUCCAGCACCACACUCUCGACUUUAACUUUCUCAGUCUACCUACCAUUGGGAAAUUGAAGAUUCACAGCUUGCCUAAAUUCAGUCACUGCCCAAACAUUAUCUGCUCUUGAAUACUCAAUAAAAUCCUCCUUAUAAUGUGCAUAUGUCAAGUUUAACUAAUCACAGUAUUUAAUCACUACAGAUAUUUUUUUGUCUCCUUUUUGAUGAGGCUUUAAAUCUCUUUCACUGCAGCGAGACUGGUUUAAUUUGCAACAAAUGUAGUCAGUAUUCAGAACUUUACAUUCUGUACAGCAUAGACUUUCUACGUUGCACUAUAAAUCUCAAGAUAUAAAUCUAACAGCUCUGAUCAUAGAUCAAAGCACUCCAAACAAUAUCCAAUCUUUUGAAGGUUUGACACAUUUUUCUAAGGCUCUCUCAGAUUUUAAAUGAAUCCCUUUGUUAUAGUGUCAAUGAAAUUCAUGUUAGUCAUGACUGCCAUUGCUAACACUGACCUGUGUACAACUAAGCAAGAGGCAGCACUUUCAAAAAGGUCACUGCACCUCACUGCACUCAAGUAUAAAACCACUUUACAAGGGUGUGACGGCAACUACUAGGAAAAAGAGAGCAGACUGAGGCUAAUUAUUCCACAUCGAGAAAGCUGAAGGGUGACCAGAUUGAAACCUAUCAGAUUUUAAAAGGAUUUGCUGGGUUAGGCAUGGAGGGAGUGGGCAGAGCUUCAACUUUGGAUACAAUUGACAAUUUGGUAGAAAUUGAACUGAAAAUUGCACUGCAUUUGAGAAGUGAUGUUGUUAUUCAAGUUUACAUUCAAACAUUUGCAUUAAUAGAAUUUAAAAUCGUCCCUGAAAAUUCAGAUGAUGCUUUUUGAGAACAUAGUUUCUGGCACUAUUCCUUCAUAUUAUUUAAAAUCUCGUUCCUGGGGCAAUUUUAUGAAUUUACUUGAAAAUUGACAUUUAUUACAAGAAUAAUCAUAAGUAGGCGAAUUUCAAAUAGUGAGAAAUAGCUAUAAGCAUUGUACCAAAACUUUUAAUGGCUUCAUUUGCCUACAGUAGUCAGUUUCUUAGUAAAAAAUAACUUUUAGUACUUAAAUAUUUCGCAUUUUACGACAUGGCCUAGUAUUAAAAUAAAAGUUUACUAUUAAGAGUCUCUUUGAAGGUUUACGAAAGAGACAAAAAACAGAGACUCAAUAUGUUUAUUAAUUCAAUAUGGGGCAUUGUAAAUUUUAUGGGUGGAAUAUGAGAUCUUUUCUUGAACUAAAAUAAAAGAUCACCAAAACUUGAUUUGUUCUGAGAUUAAGGUGUAUUUGAAAUUUUGUGAUUUUAUUUUUCUUGCAAUAUGGUCAAUUUCGGACAAAUUAUGGUAGAAAUUGAACUGCAUUUGAGAAGUGAUGUUGUUAUUCAAGUUUACAUUCAAACAUUUGCAUUAAUAGAAUUUAAAAUCAUCCCUGAAAACUCAGAUGAUACUUUUUGAGAACAUAAUUUCUGGCAUUAUUCCUUCAUAUUAUUUAAAAGACAGCGCCUAUUGGAAUCUUUUUGCUUCCUCUUGUGGACAGUUCAAAACUGGGGCUACUAAUAUAUCUACAAGAAGGAAUUUAGGAAUAGAUUCUUUGAUUCAAAUGUGAAACUUGUGACUACAUUAAGCAGUUGAAGCAGACAGUACAGGUACAUUUAAGGGAAUGGUAGAGGACGACUUGAGAGAAAGGCCCUGUUACUGAGCUUUGAAGAAGUAGGUUGGAAGAAGCCUCCCAAUGUGCACCCAAUGCAAAAAUCCAGCCAGUGUAACCUACCAUAUAUUCACACUUUUUCUCCAUCAGAAAACAAAAUUGAGUACUGAAUGUUUUUAAAUGUAAUGUUUUGGGACUGAGUAAACCAGGGAUAUCUUGUUCAUACUAGUUAAGAUUCCUUUCUACCUCACACCUUCAUUAUUUCCAAAAUCAGAGAUUCCAGUACUCAAUCUACACUGACUCACUUCCAGAAAUUUAAACUUGUUAAAUUGUAUCCAAUUCUCAAUUUGAAAAUGGAAAGCUGUGUGAAAAUGGUAAUCCGGUUCAUUGACUAUUAUUGUAUUUGGGCUUGCAGUUCAUGCAAUAUACCAAUUCCUAAAGGUUACUUUAGUUUAAGUCCACUGUUGAUGACUAGUUGUAGUAUUACACAUUCUCACUGCUAGAUGGCUGGGCAAUCAUUUUGUAUGAUGGAAUUAAUAAUUACAUGGUAAUUAUAGACUAGAAGACUGGUAAAUGUUCAGUUUCUGAGGGAAUAAUUUUCAUUGAUUCCAAUGUUUCUAAACAGUACAAACAUCUUGCAAUCAGGAAAUGAUGAUUAGAUUUGGAAGUAAUAUCACAGCCUGAUCUCAUUUUCAAAAUUCCUGAUGGAGCAAAGCUGGCAGUUACUGGGCCAACUCACACUUUAUAUUCGAUCUUGGUCAAUGAUGUUUAUUGCAUUGUAUGAUUUUACAGCCCCUUCUUUAACAAUUCAUUAAGUACUUAUGAGACAGGUUUAGUCUUUGAUUUAUUCUAUAUUUAAAGCACUUGUGGUAAAGUUAGAUAUGUGAAUAUUCUUGUAAAUAAUGUUUGAUGUUGUCACCAAACAAAUGUUUGUCGAGCCUUAUGGCAUGUAUACAUGAUGAAUUUAAACAUUUCAUAUGGCCAAUAAUUAAGACAUUACAAUAUGGAAGUCCCACAAUUUAAAAGGGCCCAACACUACAGCUGUUCGGAGUUAAGAUCUCAACAUGUGGACAACAGAAAGGAAUCCAAGAUUCAAAUUUUUGAACUUUAGUAUUGUAAUGUAUGUUCACACAGUUUAAAUUCCCACCCGUGCUCAUGGUAUAUAUAACAUGGAACACUUUUACUUUAAUGUGUACUUUAAAUUUACAUUUGUACUUUAAUGUGUAAGAUUGCUAUGUGUUACUGAUUGUGCCUUGUAACAGGUUAAUAAAAACAAGUUGUACGACCUGA